AUGAUUUACUACCAAAACGUAAGAGGUUUGAGGAUCAAAUUUGUAGAUUUUUUUACGUCUGUUUUAACUGAAGCAUAUCCUGUUAUUGUGUUAACUGAGACUUGCCUUAAUGACACGUUUAGUAACACAAUAUUGAUAGAUAAGAGAUACACUGUCUACCGUAAGGACCGGUCUGCAUCAACCAGUAGCAAGAGCAGAGGAGGAGGAGUUCUGAUUGCAGUUUUGAACACCUUUCAGUCAGAAGUUAUUGACUACGACCUGUACUCAACUCGUGAAGAAAUAUGGGUGGUAAUUUACAUAAAUGGGUCAAAUAAAAUGCUGUUAGGAGCUGUUUACAUACCACCGGAUUCGAACACAGCAGUGUAUGAAGAACACGCUUCAUUUGUCGAACAUUUGACGUCCGACUACAACGAGGACAUAGUUUGUGUUGUGGGUGACUACAAUCUACCAGUUCUAGAAUGGUGUGUCGCUCCUGAUGGUGAUGGCUUUGUGCCGCUUGGAGUUAGUAAAGACGUGGAGCAGAUUGUCUGCGACGGAAUUUCAUACUGCGGUCUUUCACAACUUAAUAACAUUAAGAAUGAUAAAGGUUCAGUUUUGGACUUGAUUUUUUCAAACUGGUCCACCACACUCGUUCAACAAUGUAAUGAUCCAUUGAAUAUUUGUUUAGAUUUUAGGAAUGCCCAGUACGAUAGAAUUAUCGACAAUUUGUUUAGCUUUAAUUGGUCCAUUUUGAAUGAACAGAGUUGUAUCAAUCAAACUGUUGAGUUGUUCUACGAUUUUCUUUAUAGACUUAUUGACUGUUACGUUGCAAGUAAACGUCCACAUAAAAUUAGUUGGCCCAAAUGGAUUAGUGAUCAAUCAAAAUGUUUAAUCAAACAAAAGAAAUUUGCCCACAAGAAAUUUAAAAUUUCCAACCUACAGUCCGAUUAUAAUAUUUUUGUAAAUUUACGCAAAGCAUGUAAAAAAUCGGUUCUAAACGACAGAGAGCUUUACAUUAAAAAAGUUGAAAAUGAUGUGGUAAGUGAUAGUAAAAGUUUCUGGCACUUUGUAAACGAAACCAAGAAUGAUAAACAUACUAUGCCUUCUUUACUUCAUCUCGAGGACGUUCAAGCGACAGAAGGUCAGGACAUUGCUAACUUAUUUGCAACGUUCUUUCAGUCAAAUUAUUCUAAUCUCUCUGCUACUUCUGACUAUGUACGAGAACCUCAAGGUUAUUUAUUAGGUGUUAGCAAUUUUGUUAUUACGGUUGAAGAUAUUGUAAAUAAAAUCCGCACUUUAAAUGAUAAGACCAGUGUCGGGCCUGAUAAAAUCCCGGUAGUUUUUUUGAAAGCGUGUGCAGAAUCGUUAGCGUAUCCUCUUUAUGUGAUAUUUAAUAAAUCUAUACAAUUAUCACAAUUUCCUAAAAUCUGGAAACAGUCUUAUGUAGUUCCAAUACACAAGGGCAACUCUAAAUCAGAUGUCAAGAAUUACAGGGGGGUUUCUAUUAUUUCAGCUAUACCAAAAUUAUUUGAAGCUAUUAUUUAUGAUAAAUUGCAGAAAAUUACAAAAAAUUUUAUAAUGGAGGAACAGCAUGGCUUCUGUAAGGGUAAAUCUACUAGCUCCAACUUAUACAAAUUUGUUAACUUCGUAAGUACUGCGUUAGAAGAUGGUAACGAAGUAGACACUAUCUACACAGACCUAACCAAAGCGUUUGACAGAGUCAAUAUCAAUAUACUAGUAUCUAAACUGCACGCAGCUGAACGAGAACAAAUUGUCAAGGUAAAGGGAUUUUUUUCCCAAAAUAUUAAAGUAACCUCAGGCGUGCCACAAGGGUCUCAUUUGGGACCUUUACUUUUCAAUAUAUACAUAAAUGAUCUUAAAGAGUUUAUAGAUAAGACGGGAUUUCUGUUAUACGCGGACGAUCUAAAACUGUUUCGCGUUAUCAGGACAGAUACUGACUGCGCCUUACUACAGAAAGAGCUGGAUGGAUUUGUUGCCUGGUGUAAAAUAAACGGUUUAGAAAUUAACAUAAGCAAAUGUAAAAUCUUAAGGUUUUCACGCAAAAAAAUGCUCAUGCUGUUUGACUAUAACAUUGAAGGUAAUAAAUUGGAGCAUGUCGAUGUCUUCUGUGAUUUAGGUGUAUAUUUUGACAGGUCUGUAAGUUAUUCACAUCAUGUGGAUGAUGUUGUCAAUAAAUGUAAUAAGCGUCUAGGUUUGAUAACCAGAAUUACUAAAGAGUUCUCUGAUACGCGACCAAUCAUUAUAUUAUAUAUGUUAGUUUCAUACGAUCGUUGCUUGAUUAUGGCGUACAAAUCUAACAUAGGUUACAACAACAGCGAUUAUGUAAAACUUUUAGAAUAUUUUGGUUUACCUGCAAUAGUAACGCGACAUAAAUAUCUUGAUAUAUGCUUUGCCUUUAAUCUACUAAGCAAUCAUAUUUACUGCCCCAGUAUAUUGGAACUAUUUUAUCUACACGUGUCAAACUAUUCGAUUAUGCAAACUAUUAAAUGA